UCCUAGCUAGACAUCCCAAGACUCACUCUUACUGGCAACAAGAUCGACUGGUCCACACCAUGCUCAACGCCUACCCUACCGCCAUCGAUGUCCGACGAGCUUGUCGUUCAGGCGCCUUUCGCGAGCCCACCGCAGGACAGUGUCCCGGUUACACGCAAACCAACCUGAUCGUCUUGCCUGAGAAACACGCUGCGAGUUUUCGUACGUUGUGCGAGCGCAACCCGGUCAGUUGUCCUCUGGUCGGUGAAACGAGAGGUAAUGGGGACCCUCGAUUUCGUACCCCAUUGGGAGAGGACUCUGAUGUCCGAUUCGAUGCUCCUGGUUACAACGUCUACGAGAACGGAAAGCUCUUGCAUGACGAUAUCCCAGAUAUCAGGGACUACUGGCAAGACGACAGUGUCGGCUUCUUGAUCGGUUGCUCUUUCACUUUCGAACAGGCGCUAUGUGACGCAGGGUUGACACCACGACAUAUGAUCACGGGUGCCAACGUCCCGAUGUACAAAACCAACUAUCCCUUGCUGCCCGCCGGAGUCUUUCGCGGCGAGAUGGUCGUCUCGAUGAGGCCGUACAAAAGGGCGGAUGUCGAGAGGGUCCGUGAUAUCACUAGGCCUUAUGUCAAGACACAUGGCGAACCGGUGGCAUGGGGUCCCGAAGGAAUGAAACAACUCGGUAUACACGACCUUUAUCGUCCCGAAUUCGGGGACGCUCCCGAGCCUUUGGCGGACGACGAGAUACCCGUCUUUUGGGGCUGUGGGGUCACGCCUCAACAGGUGAUCAUGUCGAGUCCGCAUGUCAAUGGCUUCGUCAUGGGUCACGCUCCGGGCAAGAUGAUCUGCGUAGAUCUCCCUGUCGCUGCGGUUCUGAGCUCUUAGUAUGCCACAUUGUACAGGUUACGAAGUAUUGCUCAAGUUCGCGCGUUGCCACUGUAUUUUGCAUUGUACCCCUAUUCGAUUCCGGAUUCUCAAGCGUUCCCUUGCAAACAGGCACCUGACAAAUGGCUCAGACGCAUCCUGCUUCAAACAAUGGCUCAGCUGACAAAGUGCUAUCUUCGAUUGCGAAGCUCGUGUUCCUGUA